UUGGACUUGGAUCGUCCAGGGCAGACUGACUGGUUCUACUAAACCAGAAACUCUCCACAUUAUAGAGCAAAACCUGAUAAUUUACAAGCCACUUCACUGGAGCUGUCGACAACACCACAACAUCUCAUUGACAGGAGAGAAAGAGAUUACGACCAAAAUGGACCCAUCUAACGGUCUAAACCGGCCGCUGGAGAUUGUCCCGAACACGGAGGAGAAGAUGAUGGAACGAGGACAGUGGAGUAAUAAGCUGGAGUUUGUGCUGUCAGUCGCUGGAGAGAUUAUUGGACUGGGAAAUGUGUGGCGCUUCCCGUAUCUCUGCUACAAGAACGGUGGAGGUGCGUUUUUUAUUCCAUAUCUGAUCUUCCUCUUCACUUGCGGUAUUCCCGUGUUCUUCCUGGAGAUCGCUCUGGGUCAGUACACAAGUGAAGGAGGAGUCACCUGUUGGAGAAAGAUCAGUCCACUGUUUGAAGGUAUUGGAUACGCAACUCAGGUCAUUGUGGCUCUGCUGAAUUUCUAUUAUAUAAUAGUUCUGGCCUGGGGAAUAUUUUACCUGUCCAACUCUUUCUCCUGGAACCUGCCGUGGUCUUCCUGCAACAACACUUGGAAUACAGAUUCCUGCGUAGAAUUUCAAAGAAGAAAUGAAUCUGUUGACCAAAGUCACCUUGAAAACGCAACAUCACCUGUGAUUGAAUUUUGGGAACGGAGAGUUUUACGGAUCUCCUCUGGAAUCGAUGAGAUUGGGACAUUACACUGGGAUCUGGUGCUCUGUCUGCUGGUGGCCUGGGUUCUGUGCUACUUCUGUAUCUGGAAGGGUGUGAAGUCCACAGGCAAGGUGGUGUACUUCACUGCAACCUUCCCGUAUGUGAUGCUUUUGGUUUUACUCAUCAGAGGGGUCACGCUGCCCGGAGCGUCCCGCGGGAUCCAGUUCUAUCUUUAUCCCGAUCUGGGAAGGUUAGCCGAUCCACAGGUAUGGAUGGAUGCGGGCACACAGAUCUUUUUCUCUUACGCCAUCUGUCUGGGCUGUCUUACUGCACUCGGCAGCUACAACAAAUACAACAACAAUUGCUACAGGGAUUCUUUGGCCUUGUGUUUUCUCAACAGCGGAACCAGUUUUGUCGCUGGUUUUGCCAUCUUCUCGAUUCUCGGCUUCAUGUCUUACGAGCAGAACGUUCCGAUUUCAGAAGUGGCAGAAUCCGGUCCUGGUUUGGCGUUCAUCGCGUAUCCGCGGGCUGUGUCCAUGAUGCCCAUCUCACCGCUGUGGGCCUGUUUCUUCUUCAUAAUGAUUGUUCUGUUGGGAUUAGACAGCCAGUUUGUGUGUGUGGAGAGUCUGGUCACGGCUAUGGUGGACAUGUACCCGUCUGUGUUCCGCCGAAAGAACCGCAGAGAACUGCUCAUCCUUGCCGUGGCUGUCGUGUCCUUCCUCGUGGGUCUGAUUAUGCUCACAGAGGGUGGAAUGUAUGUCUUCCAGCUGUUUGAUUACUAUGCAGCGAGUGGAAUGUGUUUGCUCUUUGUUGCUGUUUUUGAGACAGUCUGCAUUGCCUGGAUAUACGGUGCUAAUCGAUUCUAUGAUAAUAUUGAGGAUAUGAUCGGUUAUCGUCCAGGGCCGUAUAUUAAAUACUGCUGGAUGUUCUUCACCCCGGCCACAUGUUUUGGUACAUUUGCGUUCUCUCUGAUCAAAUACACUCCUCUGAAGUAUAAUAAUGUGUAUGUAUACCCGUGGUGGGGUUACGCUCUCGGCUGGCUGCUCGCUCUCUCCUCGAUGGUCUGUAUCCCGCUGUGGGUAAUUUCUAAACUGAGCACGGCCAAAGGUUCACUCAGAGAGCGUUUUCAUGAGCUCACCAUGCCCUCUCCUGACCUGGCCAAGACCAAACGUGAGCAGGAGAAACUUCAGGCCAUUUUUGUGGCUGAUGGUGACAGUCUUCGCCAGCGAAGUGCCCCGACCAAAGACGGGUAUUUCCCUGUCAGUGAGAAGGAGUCGCACUGUUAGCCCCACCCCGAAAGCCAUGGAACUGUGAUGGACCAGUGUGUUUCCCAGAUGGUGGUCCUUCUAAACUUCCCAUGAUACCUCACAAUACUGGCAGCCAAAUAAACUAUACAGAGAUGCCAGGGUGAUGUUUGACCUCCAUAGGUUAAUGAGAGGAUUUUAAGAGCUUCUUUUGAUUUCAUAUUUGCUCUUGUAGGACAAGAGUGCAUGAAGUGUUGGUUAGUGUCAAUAUUAUAGAUAAUAGAAAGAAAAUGUCAACAUUAAAACCUAUUUACUAUUACUUCCGUAAUGUCACAUAUUUUCAAGUGGCACAGGAUAUUCAAGAAAAAAUGUCGAGCAAAGCAUGUUAUGAACAUCUCCAGGUCAUAUAGUUCACCCCUAAAUCAAAAGAAAGGAAUAAGAAAUGAUAUGGUGUUGGCAUUCCUAUUCAUCCCUAAGGCAGGAUUGGGAACUGAGAACCAGUGCUUAUUCGGAUACUGUUUUUAAAAACAUUCAGUUCCGCUAACGGCUCUUGAAUGUUCAUUUUCCUGCCGAUGUGGAGGGAAGCCAUACUAAAAUACUCUCAAAGUGUUUUCUCUAUACUGAAUCUUAUUCACAGUUACUUUUGAUUUUAGACGGGAAUGAUAACAAGGAUGAGAGGGAUAGAAUCCCAGAUCAAAUCUUAUUUUCCACAACUAAUUUUUUCUGGAGUUGUUUUGUCUACUGAAACGUUUUGGAAAGAUAUAUUCAAUGUGCUCCCUAGUGGAAAAACCAGCUUAAGCUGGUAGCUGUGUUUUAGAACAUGGUGGUUUAGGGUGGUCAUAAGCUGGUCAUCAGCUGGUUGACCAGCUACCAUCUUCCAAAAACCAGCUUGACCCGCUAGAGCUGGUAUGACCAGCUGAUCGUAAAAUGGUAGCUGGUCGACCAGCAAAUGUCCAGCUUGGACCAGUUUAUGACCAGCUUAAACCAGCUACCAUGUUCCAAAACACAGCUACCAGCUUGAGAUGGGUUUUCCACCAGGAAUCAUGUUGUAAUAAUAAUACGUUUAUUUUAUACAGCGCCUUUGUUGAACCCAAGGUCACUUUACAUGAGAGCCAAUACGUGAAAUACUGCAAAUGGACAGAAAACAAAAUGCAUAUUAUGUUGUAGAUGUUUGUACGAUAGCUAUAUUUUUAGAAAUAGAAAAUAGAAAGAACGAAACCCCUUUAAAAAAACUGUGCAACCCAUUUAAAACACGGUAAGUCUGCCCCUCACAGUCUCAUUAUAAUUCCCGCCAAAAAAAUUAAAGAUGGCGCUACUGUUAAGCGCGAAACACAAGAGCGCGAACUGUGUAUUGAGGUUCACGUAUGAAUGACUCAUUAAAGUCGGUUCUUUAGAUUCUUCAGCGCGAAACAAACAGCGUGACCACCAGUGUAGAACGAUUCCUGAAUGACUCAUUGGUCUCGAAUGACUCAUUAAAGUCGGUUCUUUAGAUUCUUCAGCGCGAAACAUACAGCGUGACCACCAGUGUAGAAUGAUUCCUGAAUGACUCAUUGGUCUCGAAUGACUCAUUAAAGCCGGUUCUUUAAAAUCAUCAGCGCGAAACAAACAGCGCGACCAGUGUAGAACGAUUCCCCAACGAAUGAAUCUGACGAGCCGGUUCUUUUGAAUCUAUCUUGAAUCUACACUAUAUUGCCAAAAGUAUUCGCUCACCCAUCCAAAUAAAUGAAUUCAGGUGUUCCAAUCACUUCCAUGGCCACAGGUGUAUAAAAUGAAGCACCUAGGCAUGCAGACUGCUUCUACAAACAUUUGUGAAAGAAUGGGCCGCUCUCAGGAGCUCAGUGAAUUCCAGCGUGGUACUGUGAUAGGAUGCCACCUGUGCAACAAGUCCAGUCGUGAAAUUUCCUCGCUACUAAAUAUUCCACAGUCAACUGUCAGUGGUAUUAUAACAAAGUGGAAGUGAUUGGGAAUGACAGCAACUCAGCCACGAAGUGGUAGGCCACGUAAAAUGACAGAGCGGGGUCAGCGGAUGCUGAGGUGCAUAGUGCGCAGAGGUCGCCAACUUUCUGCAGAGUCAAUCGCUACAGACCUCCAAAGUUCAUGUGGCCUUCAGAUUAGCUCAAGAACAGUGCGUAGAGAGCUUCAUGGAAUGGGUUUCCAUGGCCGAGCAGCUGCAUCCAAGCCAUACAUCACCAAGUGCAAUGCAAAGCGUCAGAUGCAGUGGUGUAAAGCACGUCGCCACUGGACUCUAGAGCAGUGGAGACGCAUUCUCUGGAGUGACGAAUCACGCUUCUCCAUCUGGCAAUCUGAUGGACGAGUCUGGGUUUGGCGGUUGCCAGGAGAACGGUACUUGUCUGACUGCAUUGUGCCAACUGUGAAGUUUGGUGGAGGAGGGAUUAUGGUGUGGGGUUGUUUUUCAGGAGCUGGGUUUGGCCCCUUAGUUCCAGUGAAAGGAACUCUGAAUGCUUCAGCAUACCAAGAGAUUUUGGACAAUUCCAUGCUCCCAACUUUGUGGGAACAGUUUGGGGAUGGCCCCUUCCUGUUCCAACAUGACUGCACACCAGUGCACAAAGCAAGGUCCAUAAAGACAUGGGUGAGCGAGUUUGGUGUGGAAGAACUUGACUGGCCUGCACAGAGUCCUGACCUCAACCCGAUAGAGCACCUUUGGGAUGAAUUAGAGUGAAGACUGCGAGCCAGGCCUUCUCAUCCAACAUCAGUGUCUGACCUCACAAAUGCACUUCUGGAAGAAUGGUCAAAAAUUCCCAUAAACACACUCCUAAACCUUGUGGAAAGCCUUCCCAGAAUAGUUGAAGCUGUUAUAGCUGCAAAGGGUGGGCCGACGUCAUAUUAAACCCUAUGGAUUAAGAAUGGGAUGUCACUUAAGUUCAUAUGCGUCUAAAGGCAGGUGAGCGAAUACUUUUGGCAAUAUAGUGUAAGUGCCGUUCCCGAAUGAAUGACUCGUAUGAGUAGGUUCUUUUGAGUGAAUCGGACUUCCGUCAUUUCUGGCUAGAAACAGAAAUCCACAAAGGUAUUGCCACAAAAUUGAAAGCACAAAAUUGUCAAGAAUGUCAUUGUACGGCGUAGCAUUAAGGUAUCUCCUCACAGAAAUUACUAGAAGAGUAAUCUUGUUAAUUAGAAGGGGUUAUUCACAUACUUUUUGCCAUAUUGUGUAGCGGUUAACUUCUCAAUAGACCCUUUGCCCAACAAUUGGCAGAGUGGAACAGAAUCUAAACAGUAGCUGGAUGUUACAACCCCUGGCAAAAAUGAUGGAGUCACCACACUUAGAGGAUGUUCACCCAGCUUUUUACUUCGUAGCAAAUAAACAAAUCACAUAUAUGACACAAAACAAUUUUUGUUUAUUAGCUGAACAUUCUGGCUUCGUGAAACAUCCCUCAAACAAAUUAAAUUACAUUAUUUUAAUGAAUGGCAUAUUUAUUUUCCAGAUCAAGUAGAGGAAAAAAUGUAUGGAAUCAUCAAAAAAAAAAAAAGAAAUUCACAAUUAGUACAUUGUUGCUUCUCAUCUGGCUUUUAUGAUGGCCUGAAUUCUUUGAGGCAUGGACUUCACUAAUAAAAAAACUAUAUUCUCCAUUAAGCUGGUUCGAACUUUCUCGAAUAGCAGUUGACAGAUCAGCUUUGCAGGAUGAAGCCUUGUCGUGGACCAAUUUUUUCAAUUUCCACCAUAAAUUUUCAAUUGGAUUGAGAUCCGGACUGUUUGCUGGUCAUGCCAUUGAGUAGAUAAAAACUUUAACACUCUUUGCUCUGUGGCAAGAUGCAUUAUCAUCCUGAAAAAUAACUUCAUCAUCACCAAACCUAUUUUCUAUCGAUGGAAUGAGAAAAGUGUCCAAAAUUUCAAUGUACACCUGUGCAUUGACUGUUGAGGUAAUGAUUGCCAUCUCCCCUGGUCCUUUACCUGACAUGCAACCCCAUAUCAUAAAUGACUGGGGAAAUUUGAUUGUUUUCUUCAGGCAGUCAUCUUUAUAUGUUUCAUUAGAACGGCACCAGACAAAAGUUCCAGCAUCUUCGCCUUGGCCAAUGUAGAUUCGUGAUUCAUCACCGAAUAUCUCUUUCAUCCAAUCAUCUACACUCCGUGAUUGCUUCUCUUUAGCCCACUGUAGCCUUGUUUUCUUCUAGUGCUGGUUUUCAUUUGGCUCUUCUAUAUGUUAAUCCCAUUUCAUUCAGCCGAUUUCUUACAGCUUUGUCACAAACAUUGACUCCUGUUGCCUCCCAUUUCUUUUGUUGUGCAUUUUCUAUUUUUUAAUUUUUUUAUUUUAUCCCCUUUUCUCCCAAUUUUGGAAUGCCCAAUUCCCACUACUUAGUAGGUCCUCGUGGUGGUGCGGUUACUCACCUCAAUCCGGGUGGUGGAGGACAAGUCUCAGUUGCCUCCGCUUCUGAGACCAUCAAUCCGCGCAUCUUAUCACGUGACUCGUUUUGUAUGACACCGCGGAGACUCACAGCAUGUGGAGGCUCAUGCUACUCUCCACGAUCCACGCACAACUCACCACGCGCCCCAUUGAGAGCGAGAACCACUAAUCGUGACCACGAGGAGGUUACCCCGUGUGACUCUACCCUCCCUAGCAACCGGGCCAAUUUGGUUGCUUAGGAGACCUGGCUGGAGUCACUCAGCACACCCUGGAUUCGAACUCGUGACUCCAGGUGUGGUAGUCAGCGUCAGUACUCGCUGAGCUACCCCCACAUUUUCUAUUUUCAAGGCAUAUUGCUUUGAGUUUUCUAUCCUGACGCUUUGAUGUCUUCCUUGGUCUACCCGUAUGUUUUCCUAUAAUAUACUUCCCAUUUUGUUUAUACUUGCACCAAAUUUUAGACACAGCUGACUGGGAACAACCAACUUCUUUUGCCACACUCUGUGUUGGAUUUCCUUCUUGAAGGAGUUUUAUAAUCCUUUCAAUUGUUUCAAUUGACAACUCUGUUGUUGGGGCCAUGUUUCCUUUCAAUUAGCCAAGUCCAACAGCUCAUUAAGGUCUGUAAGCACUUUUAACUGCAGACUAAUUAGCAUUUUUAGACUUGUGCUGGUAUUUGUUUUAGAAAUGCAAAUUACAAGGUGAUUCCAUCAUUUUUUCUUCUACUUGAUCUGGAAAAAAAUAUGCCAUUAAUUAAAAUCACGUAAUUACAUUUGUUUGAGGGAUGUUUCACAAAGCCAGAAUGUUCAGCUAUUAAACAAAGAUUGUUUUGUGACAUAUCUGUGAUUUGUUUAUUUGCUACGAAGUAAAAAAGCUGGGUGAACAUCCUCUAAGUGUGGUGACUCCAUUUUUGCCAGGGGUUGUAGAAAUGGAAGCUUGUUUCGGUUCAAACAAUCAAUGCAUCUGCUUUCUGAGGAAGCAAACUAGUGUUUUUAGAAUCUACAUGGAUAUGCUUCAUAAAUACAGUAGAAUCCGUAGGGUUUUAUACUCAUAUCAACUUUCUUUAGUUUAAAUAGCCUAUGAAUGUUAGAACUUCAACACAUCAGAUAGUAUUAAAGGAAGGCAAUGAACAGAAAUCAGUUUAAAUGGUAUGUUUUGUGGUGAUAUAAAACAAUUUACAGUGUUACACAGAUUAAUACUCAAUAAUUCGUAUGCAUUUGAGAAUUUUCUGGGAUGUCAGCUGAUAUAAAUCAUACAUUUCUGUAUUCCAUGAUUCUGUAUUUUUUAUUGUCCUAUUGAAACUUUAUUAAAACAGUGUUAGUUUGUCAUCUAGCAUUCACUGUCUAACAGUAUAGUAUAGUAUGUACAGUAUAUUAUGAUAAAGGUAUGCAUUUUUUAACGCCUGCAAAAAUCAACUUGAUUGCACAUUGAGGACCAAUCCAUAUCUUCUUGUUAAUUUUCCUCUAUUAUGGUACAUAUCUAAUGACUUUUAUGAAGUGUUGAAGUGUACUGAGGAUGUGAAUCACCAGCAAUCUUUAUGUAAAUACCCUGUACAGAACGGAUGAGUUCGGAUUUUAUGAGUGUAAAUGUGUUACAUAUCUUGAGCCAGAUAUAUUGCUCAUGUAUAAACAUUACAUCAAUAAUAAUAAUAAUAAAAAACAUUUAUCCA